UGGAUCUUUUCGAGGAUCAAGAAGAGGACGUCGAAGAAGCACAGGAGACGCAGACGGUGGUGAGCAGAGAGAGCGACGGCUUCGGGCCGGCACGAGCGAGGUGAGAUGCGCCCUUAUCGCCCUUAUCGCUCUCAAUCGUCCGUGCAAUAUCUAUCGGGGUGCACCGACACUCCUCGCCAGCCGGGUCGCCGCGGCUUCGACGGCUAGCAACGAUAGCGGCGAUACAGGAGCGGAGAACGCUCGUUCCGGCAGAACCGACCGAUCUCAAACAUCAGAAGAAGGACAAAAUUUAAGAAUGGGAGGUGGAGAUUGGAGUGGUUGGUUGCAGCGAUGCCGGCAAUCCCGGAGACUCGUUCUUGUCAUUGUCGCCAUCGCACUGCUGCUGGAUAACAUGUUGCUGACGACCGUAGUUCCAAUAAUACCGGAAUUUCUCUACGACAUCAAGCAUCCAAAUGCAACGUUAAGUGAUCAUUUGGAAGGAAGCGCAUCUCGGCAAACUACGAUCGUCACUACAUCCCCAACGACAACAACAACGCCAAAAUGUUCCUGCGCUCCAAACGCAUCGGUUGCAUCUUCAUUGGAAUUUCUACACGUUACCACCCCUUCUAUGAAUCUAUCGGAAGUUACUGCAACCAACCUCACAUUGUUGGACACGAAGGAAAAGGAACAGAGACAUCGGGAAUUACUGGAAGAGACUGUGGCAGUGGGAAUGAUGUUCGCUUCCAAGGCUUUUGUUCAAUUGUUAGCUAACCCAAUAGUGGGUCCAUUGACCCACAAGAUCGGAUAUAGCAUACCUAUGUUUACUGGAUUCAUUAUUAUGUUCCUCUCCACGCUGAUUUUUGCCUUCGGACGAAGUUAUGGUAUACUUUUUCUAGCGCGAGCUCUUCAGGGUGUUGGUUCGUCGUGUUCUAGUGUUUCCGGUAUGGGUAUGCUAGCGGAGAGAUAUCAAGACGACAAGGAACGCGGUAAUGCAAUGGGCAUCGCUUUAGGUGGACUGGCUCUUGGUGUCCUUAUCGGCCCACCUUUCGGCGGAGUAAUGUACGAAUUUGUAGGAAAAUCUGCCCCGUUUUUAGUCCUUUCCGCAUUAGCCCUUGGCGAUGGACUAUUACAGCUUUUGAUGCUCCAACCAUCGGUCGUGUAUACGGAAGCGGAACCACCAUCGUUGAAAUCCCUCAUCACCGAUCCCUAUAUCGUUUUAGCGGCUGGCGCGAUAACAUUCGCAAAUAUGGGUAUCGCUAUGCUGGAACCAAGUCUGCCGAUUUGGAUGAUGGACACAAUGGGCGCGAGUCGCUGGAAACAGGGGGCCACGUUUUUACCAGCGAGCAUCAGUUAUUUAAUUGGAACAAAUCUUUUUGGACCGCUUGGACACAAAAUGGGCAGAUGGUUAGCUUCUCUGAUAGGACUCGUCGUUAUUGGCAUCUGCUUGAUGUGCAUUCCGCUAGCGAGAAGUAUCGAUCACUUGAUCGUACCAAAUGCGGGGCUGGGUUUCGCGAUUGGGAUGGUGGAUAGUUCGAUGAUGCCCGAAUUAGGAUAUCUAGUCGACAUAAGACACACCGCUGUUUAUGGAAGUGUUUACGCCAUCGGUGACGUAGCGUUUUGUCUCGGCUUUGCAAUAGGUCCGGCGUUGAGUGGAACUUUGGUCAACAGUAUUGGUUUUGAAUGGAUGCUUUUCGGCAUAGCUAUGUUAAAUUUCAUUUACGCACCUCUCAUGUAUUUCUUAAGGGCACCACCCACCAAGGAGGAGAAAAAGUCAUUAAUAAUUGGUGAGAAAUCAUCUGUGCGUUAUGUCACUUAUCAGAAUGAGGAAGAGGACCAGUAAAACGAUAAUUCUAACAAGUAUUCUCUAAUAAGUAUUCUCUACAAUCAGUUUCAUUCUUGUAAAAAGUAAAAAAUGGAGAUUAAUUCUACAUUAUCUAUUGGUAUAUAUGUUAUCGCGUAUUACUGAUUUUUACGUAUAUCUUAAUUAUCGUGAUAAUUCUUAUCAACUAAGGGAAGACAAUAAUAUAUUUUUCCUCCUUCUUCUAU